AUGGCAGCAGGUGCAGCAGCUGGUGCCUGGGUGCUGGUCAUCAGUCUGUGGGGGGCAGUAGUUAGCAGUCAGAACAUCACAGUGCGGAUUGGAGAGCCACUAAUGCUGAAAUGCAAAGGGGCCCCUAAGAAACAACCCCAGAAGCUGGAAUGGAAAUUGAACACAGGCCGGACAGAAGGUUGGAAGGUCCAGGGAGACUGGGAUAGCGAUAGCGUAGCUCGGAUCCUCUCUAACGGCUCCCUCCUCCUUCCUGCUGUCGGGAUCCAAGAUGAGGGGACUUUUCGGUGCCAGGCAACGAGCAAGAAUGGAAAACAGACCAAGUCCAACUACCGAGUCCAAGUCUACAAGACUCCCAAGAAGCCAGAAAUUGUAGAUCCUGCCUCUGAACUCAGAGCUGGUAUCCCCAAUAAGGUGGGGACCUGUGUGUCAGAAGGGGGCUACCCUGCAGGGACUCUUAGCUGGCGCUUGGAUGGAAAAGCUCUGGUAUCUGAUGGAAAAGGAGUAUUUGUGAAGGAAGAGACGAGGAGACACCCUGAGACAGGGCUUUUCACACUUCAGUCAGAACUGAUUGUGACCCCAGUGCUGGGAGGGGUCCCCUGCCCCACAUUCUCCUGUAGCUUCAGCCCUGGCCUGCCCCGGUGCAGCAGAGCUCUGCAUGCUGCCCACAUCCAGCCCAGGGUCUGGGAGCCCUUACCCCUGGAGGUCCAGUUAGUGGUGGAGCCAGAAGGCGGAGCAGUAGUUCCUGGGGGAUCUGUGAGGCUGACCUGUGAAACCCCUGCUCAGCCCCCAACUCAGAUUCACUGGCUUAAGGAUAGCCUCAGGACCAGGGAGUCUACAGCUGUGUGGCUACCUAUCCCACCCACGGGCCCCAGCAAAGCCGUGCUGUCAGCAUCCACAUCAUUGAGGCAAGCGAGGAGAGGUCAAAUGCAGGUGAGAAGUUGGAUAAGAUCAGAGAAGAGGCAGACAGAUCCCCAGACACAUGGCUGGGGGUAUAGCCAACGAGAAAGGACCCAAAAGCCCCGGAAAACCAGGAGGAAGAGGAGGAACGUGUAG